AUAUCAUCAAAAAGUCCCAACGGUUGCUCCAUUUCUGGAAAUAAAAGCUGAAUAUGGUAUUGCAGCACCUAAAGAACCUGAACUUAAUUUCGAGUUAGAUCCCAGAUGGAAAGAGGCUUACAUUGGUUUUGAUACUAGCAAACUAGUGAAUAAUAUGUUACCAAACUCUAAAAAUUCAAACGAUCAUAAAAAUCCUGGAGCCAAAGAUACACCAGUUGAACCAGUUCGUGAAAUGCCUAUUUUUAGUACUGACAAAGAUCCAAAAAAUGAUAGUGGAUGUGUUAUAUCAUAAUGGGAAUUUCGAAAAAAAAAAUUAUCUUCAAAACUUCUCAACAGCUUUAUUUAUUGCUUUAAAAGUUUCUUUCAUAGUAUAUAUAUAUAUUGUUUUCAUACUUCUUUUAAAAGUUUGACGAUCAUUAUGUGUGCUAUUACUAACGAACAUUUUGAUGACCAUUUAAUUAGCUUUUAAUUUUUUUAUUUUUAUUGUUGAUUUAUCUAUUUCUUAUUUGAUAUGUUUAUUCAGUCAUAGUAUUUUUGUUGAAUAUAUAUAUAUAUAUAUAUAUAUAUAUAUAUAUAUAUAUAUAUUGUAUAUAAAUAAUUGGCCAAUACUCUAUUCUGUUGAAAUAUUUCUGGUCUAACAAACAACUUAUCAGUCAUUACAACAUCCUAUCAAUUUUUAUUAUUUUACAUCUUACCUUCAUUGAAUAUUAUAAUCUGUGGUAUUUGUAAAGUCUAAUUUAAUCUGAGAAAUGUUUAUGAGUAAAAAGGGCAGUGCCUAAAAGCUACUAGAUUGAUCUUUUGUAAUGAUUAAAACGCAGUUAGAGACAGAUCAUUUAUAGAAAGGU